GAAAAUUGUCAGUGGUCUGAAAUAAAAACAUUGCAAAAUUAUUAUGGAGUGAAUUUUUACAUAAUUAAAUAAAUCCACUGUUUCUUAUACUUUUUAUAAUGUUUGUUGCAAAUUGAAAUAUGUAUUUGUAGAGAUAUUUUAUUCUUACAUUGAUUACCUACCUAAAAAUUUUUGUUCGCGAACCAUGUCGUUUCUGUAUGUAAAGGUGUACUAUGGGCUCUGCAAGACAUUCCACAGAUGCGUUCAUAGACCCGAAUUAUUAUAUGGCCUGAGAGAUCGUCUGCAGAAGUUGGGGUUUCGAGUAGAUUUAAAACCAGUAGAGUACAUCAACUACUGCAUGUUGGAAAUGUGUGGCCAUGAAAUAUUUCGCUGUAAUCUACAGCAUUUAAAGUUUAACACUCCUUGGUAUCGCGAUCCUGUAUGCGCAAAGGCCGUAGAGGCUGUCAUGGCGUCUGCGGUCAAGUUCCGAAGAGCUCGCAGCUACCUCUGGUUCUGGUCGCUCAUGGACAAUCAGAUGUUCAGGAAAAGUAUGUACGCACCGCCGAACUACUUUGCAGACGAAGUGUUAAAGAAAUACAAGUGUGGAGAUACGUUUGUAACUCACAACUGCGAAGAUGGGGGAUUUUCUUUUUAUUCUUUUCCUAGCUAAUGCCUAGAUGGCGCUGUUCUUGGUACGUUACUGCAAGGAACGGACCGUCAUAUCUUGUUAACGUCGUAUAAUUUUGAGGUCGUCAGACGUUCAUUUCAUUAUCUAUAAAAAAAUAGUAAAAGAGAAUAAAAAUUUAAUAAAAGAAGAAGUAUUAUUUUGGUAAUUUUCUGAAAUUUUUUGUAAUGUUUUUACAAAAGUUUAUCUUAGUGAUCAUUUCGUAAAGGACGCUCCUUUAUAAGCCAGCUGUGCAUAGAAGUUUGUGUCCUGUUUUACUUUUUAUAUAACUUGUUAUGCUUUUGCAUGAAUAGUUUUUUAAAUAAUAUACAACU